GCAGAUGAGUUCAUUCAAAAUGCCCGCCUUGCCUGAAUGCACCUGUUCUUACCUGCUAGAAGAACUGAAGCUGAUAUGGAAUGAGGUGGGACAAGACCAAGCGGAGAGGGAAAGGAUUCUGCAAGAACUGGAACAGUGCCUGGAAGUCUACAAGAGGAAAGUCGACAGGGCUAACAUUUCGAGAGUGCGUCUGCAUCAAGCAUUGGCCGAUUCAGAAGCUGAAUUUACCAAUCUUCUAAUCUCGCUCGGAGAGAGAUCGUUGCCGGGACGGUUGAUGGGGACAUUGAAGGAGCAACUGGAUUUAAUCACCCCUGCCCUAAGGAGGAUGCAGCUAAAGAAGGAAGAGAGGGUAAGCCAGUUUAAGGAAGUGCUGACAGAAAUACAGAAAAUAAAGUUGGACAUUGCAGGUCGCUCGGAUGAAUUUGAAAAUUUUACAGUGGAUGAAAGUGAGCUUUCGCUGAAGAAGCUGGAAGAGUAUAACAGGGAGCGUCAAAGACUGAAACGCGAGAAGAGUGAUAGGAUACAAAAGGUGGAAAGGUAUUUAGGAGAAGUUCGUGAACUUGCUGCAACAAUGGGUAUGAACUCUGCCAAGAUCGUUGGUGAUGUACAUCACAGCUUGGAUGACUCGAGUGAAAAGAGAUCGAAGAACAUAAGUGAUGCCAUCUUGGAGAGGCUUGAUACUACCGUUAAUUUACUCAAAGAUGAGAAGAAAAAAAGGAUGGACAAGCUAAGCAGGCUUGGAAAAAAACUCGUAAAUUUGUGGAAUCUAAUGGAUGCACCACUCAAAGAUCGACAACCAUACAUAGAUAUAGUGAUCAUAUCACCAUCAGCCUCGGCUGGCGAUGCUCGCCCCGAAAGCCUCACAGUCGACAUAAUUGACCAGGUUGAGUCUGAAGUUGCAAGAUUAGAUCAGUUAAAAGCAAGUAAAAUGAAGGAGCUCUUCAUCAAUAAACAGAUAGAACUUGAGGAAAUAUGCAAGAAGUCUCACAUGGAGUUACCUCCACAGUCAGAGAUGGAAAACACCAUGAAUCUCAUCAUGCAAGGAGAGAUGGAGCACGACGAUCUCUUAAUGAGCAUGGAAGAAUAUAUUUCCAAGGCGAAAGAAGAGGUGUCAAGCAGGAAGGAUAUAAUGGAGAAGGUUGAAAAAUGGAUGGCAUCAUGCAAUGAAGAACGUUGGCUAGAAGAGUUUAGCAGGGAUGAAAACAGGUAUUCGGUUAGCAGAGGUGCUCACAAGAAUCUCAAACGUGCCGAACGUGCUAGGAUAACAGCGAAAAGAAUUCCAGGAUUGGUGGAAAUAAUAAUGGAGAAAACUAAAAUUUGGGAAACGGAAAGGAAGAAGAGUUUCCUGUAUGAUGAGGUUCCUCUGAUGGCAAUGCUGGAGGAGUACAAAUUGCUAAGGCAAGAAAAGGAGGAAGAGAUACAGAGACAGAGGGAAAAAAAGCGGGUUCAACUUUUGGGAGAGAAGGAUGAACUUUUCAGAUCAAGGCCGGGCACAAGCAGUUACCGCAUACCAAACAGAAGCUUAAAUAGCAGCUUCAGCAGUACUUCCUCCUUAAUUAGAAAGGUAGUCAGCCAUACAGAUCAGCAUGUAUCAAGCAGUUCAAUAGCUCAGAUAAGAAGGGGAAGAAAGGAUGGAAAGAGGACAGAAACACACAGGAUAUUGGUGAAGAACAAUAGCCUUGCUCUCAAAACUGAUACAGCAUCAGUAAUCUCGACAAGCUUUUCAGGUCCAUCAUCUCCCUAAUGAAUAGUAUCUUAAAGAUUUUUUAUGUAGUUCC